UAAAUGAUACCCACUGUAUCUGUAUUUUUUUAUUUUCAAGAUAAGUUGUUUCUUCAGCUUAAGUACUAUAAGUAUACGUUGUUUCUUUAGCUCAAGCAAGUGAGUGAAGAACAAGAACAUUUUCAAGAUGGCUAAUGAAGAGGCGGUCACUGGAUUUCAUGGUUGGAUUUCGCGAGAUCCGAACUCAAAGUUUGCAGCAGAAUCAGGAAGGUAUCAUCUGUAUGUAUCGUAUGCCUGUCCCUGGGCUUCAAGGUGUCUCGCAUACUUGCAGCUUAAAGGGCUCCAAGGAGCCAUCAGUUUUACGGCUGUGAAGCCCAUAUGGGGAAGAACAAAGGACACUGAUAACCAUAUGGGAUGGGUGUUUCCUGCUACCGAUACAGAGGAACCAGGAGCCGAACCUGACCCUUUGUACGGUGCCAGCAGUAUAAGAGCUCUCUACGAGCUUGCCUGUCCUCAGUAUGCUGGAGCGUAUUCGGUUCCUGUGCUGUGGGAUAAGAAACACACGACAAUUGUUAACAAUGACAGUGGAGAAAUCAUCCGAAUGCUUAACACAGAAAUGAAUGAAUUCGCGACCCAUCCAGAGGUGGAUUUAUAUCCUGCCGACUUGCGAUCUCAAAUUGAUGAAAUUAACGAAUGGGUAUAUAAGGCGAUCAACAAAGGUGUCUAUACUUGUGGUUUUGCAAAGGACCAACAAACUUAUGACCAAGCUGUGAAACUGUGCUUUAUAUGCCUCAACAAAUGUGAGGCAAUACUUAAUGAGCAACGCUACUUGUGUGGCGACGAACUAACUGAAGCAGAUGUCCGCCUGUUUGUCAGCCUUGUAAGAUUUGAUGAGGCUUAUGCUGCUCUGUUCAAUUGCAACGAAAAACAGCUAAGGGAGUACCCAAAUCUGUUCAACUUUACCAAAGAGAUUUACCAAAUUCCUGGAAUCAGUAGCACUGUGAACAUGGUGCACAUUAAGAAGCAUUAUUAUAAAAGCCAUCCUCAGUAUAAUCCCAUUGGAAUCAUUCCUAUCGGCCCUAACAUCGACUUUUCAUCACCCCAUGAUAGAGAUCGCAAAUGAAUUGAAGUUUUAUGAGUGUAUGUCGACGGAAAUAAAUCUCAAAUCGGAGUUGCGUUUACGGGAGAUUAAGAAAUGCUUUAUAAUUAGCAAGUCUUGAAUAAAAUUUCUUGUUGUUUAUGUUCUUGGUAAUGUAUGUUGACCAUUUUUACCUAAAAUAAAAAUCAUACCGAUGUUCUUGAUUUA